AUGAAGAUGUUCACCAAGAUCGCCUUCGUUCUGCUUGCCUCGAGUGCAGCAUUGGCAAGCCCCUACCUCGAGUUCUGCAGCCUCCUGGACUUGCAGACCGUCGGCACUCAAGGCAUUGUCAUUCAAGCUUCUUGCGGUGGCCAGUGCGAGCAGCUCAACAUUGUUCCGUGCUUUGCCAACUCUUAUGGCACCAUUGUCCCAGCAGGCCGAACCAACGGCAACUUCAACAGCACCUGCCGAGACUGCACUCUUGGUACUGUCAAAAAUGACACCGAAAACUACGGCGUCGUGUCCUGUAUCUGCUCCAGCGGUGCACCUGAUAUUGUCGUCAACACGCACUUCCAGACUGCCGAGACUAUCCGAUAUGAGACUUCCCUGGGCAUGACCUGUCCUUAUGGAAACAGCUCUGCUAUCCGCUCGGUCCAGUGUGGAGCUACCACGAACAAACAUUCAUCUGUCUCCAACAACGGGCGCGGUCGAAAGGUUCGUCGGUCCAUGCGAAGCGCACAGCUUUGGAAGCCCUAG